UUUUGGGUGUCCUAAGACGUUUGUGCAUGUUGUUUGAUGAGCUGGUAGCCACAGCUAAAUUCCUUUGUUUUCUUUCUCAGCUCUACCAUGGUGGGGGCGUGUGUGUGUGUGUAAAAGGGCUUGAUGGUACCCCACAGAGAGGAAUUCCCAAGUACUCCUUCCUGGGUUCAAAGAUUUUUUUUUUUUUUUGCAUUUGGGUGGUGGCAGUGUUUACCAAGCCAACAUUGGAGAGAAUGUGAAACCUUGGGAGUUUAAUACAAGCCUUAAGCCUUAAUGCAAGUAUUAAUAUUUAAAAUCGUUACAGGCCCCACUUCUGCACUUGGAGUGACAGAGUUGGGAUUCACUCUUGACAGGAACAAUGAUGAAUAACCAGUAUUGACAAUCAUGUUUCCUGCUGAUGCCUAUUAAGGUUUCCCAGACCAUGACGUGUAGGAAUUAUUGAUUCCAAGAGCCCCAUAAAAUACGGAAUUGGCAUUAGAGGGGUCUGCUGUUCAUAAUUCAUUUCUCUGAAUAUUGAAAAUGUCAGUGAUGAGUCUGGGAUCUUCAUGGCCAUGGCUCUGGAUCUCUAUGUGGCCAUCUGCCAUCCCCUGAGACAUUCCACCAUCCUGACAAACUCCGUGGUGGCCAAGAUUGGACUGGCCGUGAUGCUGAGAAGUGGAAUGGUCAUACUGCCAUAUCCCUUCCUGUUGAGGCAGUGGCCAUAUUGCAGAACCAACAUCAUCCCCCAGCCGUACUGUGCACAUAUAGCCGUGGUGAAGCUGGCCUGUGCCGACAUCCGCAUCAGUAGUUACUACGGCCUUUUUGUGGUAUUGUGUGUGAUUGGUCUGGAUGUGAUUUUUAUUGCCCUGUCAUACAUCCAGAUCCUCAGAGCCAUAUUCAGCCUCCCCACAAAGGAUGCCCGGCUCAAGACUUUUGGGACCUGCAUCUCCCACCUCUGUGCCAUCUUAGCCUUUUACAUCCCAAGUCUCUUCCUCUCCCUCAUGUACCGGUUUGGCCAGAAUGUGCCCCUGCAUUUCCACAUUCUCAUUGCCAACGUUUACCUCUUGAUGCCCCCCAUGCUAAAUCCCAUCAUCUACGGAGUGGGGACCAAACAGAUCCGGGACAGGCUGCUCCGGCUCUUUACUCAUAACAGAACCUAA